GAUUUUCCGCUCCCACGUCGCCCACUGGUGGUCUCCGGAUGGCGCGAGGUUAGCGUACGCUACCAUCAACGACAGCCUGGUGCCCAAGAUGGAGCUGCCCAUGUUUACUGGCAUGCCGUACCCCACGGGGAAGGAGUACCACUACCCCAAGGCUGGAGAGGAGAACCCGGUUAUCACUUUGUAUGUGGUCAACCUGAAUGGUCCUCUUCACACCAUCGAGAUGAGGAGACCUGAUGACCCAAGAUUAAGAGAGUUCUACGUGACCAUGGUGAAAUGGGCCACCACCACCAAACUGGCUGUCAACUGGCUGAACCGAGCGCAGAACAUCUCCAUGCUGACGCUGUGUGAGGCCACCACGGGCGUCUGCACCAAGAAACACGAGGAUGAAAGCGAGGGGUGGCUCCACAGACAGAACGAGAAGCCGCUGUUUUCCAAAGACGGUCUGAAGCUGUUCUUCACGCGGGCCAUCCCACAAGGAGGCCGCGGAAAGUUCUUCCAUAUCUCCAUGUCCAUCUCGCAGCCCAACACCAGUAUGGACACGCUGCAGUCCAUCACGUCCGGAGACUGGGACAUCACAGAAGUCCUGGCCUACGACGAGGAGAGCCAGCUCAUAUACUUCCUCAGCACAGAAGCCGGCCCUAAGCAAAGACAUCUGUACAGCGCCGACACUUUUGGCUCGUUCAACCGCCGCUGCUUGACGUGCGACCUGUCCGACAGCUGCGGCUACAUCGGCGGCUCCUUCUGCCACAACAUGGGCUACUUCCUGCUACACUGCCAAGGCCCAGACGUCCCAUUCCUGUCCAUUUUCCAGACGCAAAGAGACGAUGACGCUGUGGAGAGCCAAAACACAGAGCGUCUGAUUGAAGUCCACAAACUGGAGACCAAUGAAAUGCUGAAGCUGACGCUGGAUAACAUGCAGAUGCCCAUAGUGGAAUACCAUCAGAUCGACAAAGACGACUACACUUUGUCAAUGCAGAUCCUCAAACCUGCAGGCUUUGUGGAAACCUCCCACUACCCUCUGCUGCUGCUCAUCGACGGCACACCUGGUGGCCAGAGCGUGUCGGAGCGCUUCCACAUGGACUGGGCCACGGUGCUGGUGAGCAGCUUCGGCGCCAUUGUGGCACGUUGUGAUGGGCGCGGCAGCGGCUUCCAGGGCACCAACUUGCUGCACCGCAUCCAGAAGAAGGUGGGCGUGCUGGAGGAGCAGGACCAGAGGGACGCCAUAAACAGUGACAUUCUGAAUAAGCCCUACAUUGACAAGACCAGGGUGGGAGCAUUUGGAAAGGAGUAUGGAGGCUACAUCACAAGCUUGUUGCUCAGCGACGACCUUUCUCCUGCCAGAUGCGGUGCCGUCCUCUCGCCAAUCACCGACUUUGAACUGCACGCAUCAGCUUUUUCGGAGCGAUAUCUUGGAAUGCCAAAGCCCGACCCGAGGGCAUACACGAUGGCCAAUUUAGCGCACCGGGCGGCUCAGUUCCUCGACAAGAAAUUUCUCAUCAUCCAUCCGACAGCAGACGAAAAAGUCCAUUUCCAGCAUACGGCAAAACUGAUUGCUCAGCUAAUCCAUGAAAAGGCCAACUACACUUUACAGAUCUACCCAGACGAAGGCCACUUCAUCCACAACGAGGGCACCCGGCAGCACCUCAGUCAGUCGCUGGUCAACUUCUUCGAGGAGUGCUUCAGGCUACCAGAGAGACUCUUUGAAGAGGAGCUAGAUGAAGAGAACGAAGACGAAGGUUAGCUCGACUGACCACCCCCGUCCUCUAAAAUACACGCCUCGGCCAGAUUAGUCAACAUGUCCAAGCACAAGAAUGGUGUCCUCAAUAUUAUGCAACUACAGCAUGCUGGACUUAAGACUGCCUCUGGAGCAGCCGAGGAUCUCCUCCCAUCGCUCACCUUGGUUCUAUUCUUCUUCAUCAUCGUCUGUCUUUGGACCUCCAAUCCAAAAAAUCUCCACGGAGUGAGAGUGACACUUUGGAAUAUACUGAUCCGUUAAUGUGCGACAUGAUGGACGAGCCCCUGAGCAGCGGUGGAAACAGCAGGACUUGCGCUGUGUAAGGGAAAGAACACUUUUAAAAACUUGUAUAAUGAAAAAAAUCUGUUGGUAGCAUUCAUCAAACGGUGUCUGGAACUCUGCGGGUCCAGGAAGCGUUGCUGUUUUCUAACGUUGUGAUGAAGUUUCCAUGUUGGACCGUGCUUUUUGUCGAUUGUUCUCAGUGUAUGUAAAGUAGCACACUAGCAUCCACGCAGCUAUUCAAGCAUUUUUUUAAAUUUCUUUUUACAUUUCCACCAUGUAGUCAUCUAUAACUGGAUAAAAAUUCCUUUACUUGUUUCACCUGACUGCCUUACUUUGUCCCCCAAAAAUGUAAACAAUCCAAAAAAACAAAAACUGGUUAGCCUAGCUACCAUGUUAGCUUGACCUGUAAGCUCUUCUAAAGCUAACAUGAACAUUAGGGGGUGUGGGAAAAAAUCAAUUCGAAUUCGAAUCGCGAUUCUCACGUUGUGCGAUUCAGAAUCGAUUCUCAUUUUUAAAAAAUCAAUUUUUUUUAUUUAUUAUUAUUUUUAUUUUUUUUAAAUUUAAUUUAAUUUUUUAAAAUUAAUCAAUCCAACAAAACAAUACACAGCAAUACCAUAAUAAUGCAAUCCAAUUCCAAAACCAAACCCGACCCAGCAACACUCAGAACUGCAAUAAACAGAGCAAUUGAGAGGAGACACAAACACGACACAGAACAAACCAAAAGUAGUGAAAGAAAAAUGGAUAUUAUCAACAACAGUAUCAAAAAUAGUUACAAUUUUAACAUAGCAGGGAUUAAAAAUCCCUCAUUGACAUUAUCAUUAGACAUUUACAAAAAUAAAAAUAAAUGAACAAUAGUGUCACAGUGGCUUACACUUGCAUCGCAUCUCAUAAGCUUGACAACACACUGUGUCCAAUAUUUUUACAAAGAUAAAAUAAGUCAUAUUUUUGGUUUAUUUAAUAGUUAAAACAAAUUUACAUUAUUGCAAUCAGUUGAUAAAACAUUGUCCUUUACAAUUAUAAAAGCUUUUUACAAAAAUCUACUACUCUGCUUGCAUGUCAGCAGACUGGGGUAGAUCCUGCUGAAAUCCUAUGUAUUGAAUGAAUAGAGAAUCCUUUUGAAUCGGGAAAAAAAUUGUUUUUGAAUUGAAAAAAAAAUCUAUUUUGAAUCGAAUCGUGACCCCAAGAAUCGAUAUCGAAUCGAAUCGUGGGACACCCAAAGAUCCAUAGCCCUAAUGAACAUGUAGAAAUUGCUGCAUAAACAUGUAACAUGUUCUAGAAGUGUGUACAGUUGAAGGUAAAUUGACUUACCUGAGGAUGAACGCGGCGAGAAACAAGUUUCACUUUCUUCAAAUUAAGCUAAUGCUAACCUGGAGACGAGCGAGCACAUUAGCAGCGACUGUAUAACCAGACGACUUUUAAAAUGUAGUAACUAUUGUUUGUGCUGUAUAAUAUUCCGAGAAACAUUAUUUUAAAACUUUAUUUGAAUGUUGUACAAGAUAUUUUAUAAACCUACACUAUUAAUGACCUACAGGCCAUUUGGUUAUACGACAUUACUUAGCACAAUGCUAUAAUGUACAGAAUCUGCAUGGUUGGUUGAUUGAAAAACAGCAACAUUUAUAUUUGCAGCAAAUACACCACUGCUUAGAAUAUUAAUACAAGCUAAUCCUGAAUUACUGCCAUUGGUCAUUGGUGUUGAGGAAUAAUUGCCUUUGUCAUACAAAAUUAGCAAUUGUUGACGCACAAGUGUCAUUUAACUUUUUUUCUUUUUUUUUUAAACUCCUUUUGCAAAUAUUUUACUGCAUGUCUAUACGUUAAAUGCAUCAUCAGUUUGACAUCUUGAAUGUUUUCUUAAUGGGUAGCAUCAAUUACAUUUCUCCUUGUACUGCAAUUGAAGUGUAAAGAAAAAAUGCUUUUAUUCAAUUCUUUGUGCAUUUCAACUGCUUUUCUGACGUUACAUACAACUAUAAAUCUGCCAGAUUAAAGUUGAAUAUCCAUUCAUCCAUUUUCUACUGCUUUUUCGGGGUCGUAUAUAAUAAACGAUAAAAGGUCAUGAGCGACAGCAAUUUUGUUUCAUUUUUUUUGUUGAAGGGACAGUGAUGACAUUUGUUCCUAAGGAGAAAACGAGAAACUAGACGGUGGCAUGGAAGUAAAUGUUAAGACAAAAUAAUAAAGACUGACUCUUAAUUGUG